CCAGCCGACCGUUCGAUCGCACUUCUGGUUGUUCUUUCAAACCAUACAAUACCCGAAACUAGCUGAGAACUUUGUAGUUCAAGCAAUUGAAAAAACGCAAGAAAACAGCGCUCCGUAGAACGACCCCGGAGAAUAGACACGCAAUUUUGUUCGACCAAUCUCGAAGCGAGUGAAUUGAGCAGGGAGUGAGCAACCGUGUGUGAGAAUACUCGUGAUACAUUUCGAAAGUUUUUAUCUGAUUGUUUGCUCUGUGUUUGCGAAGACACAAACUAACGCGCAGUGAUGGUUGUCGCAGUGAAAGUGUUCAAAAAAUCGGCCCCGAAUGGCAAACUGACCGUCUAUCUCGGCAAGCGUGACUUCAUCGACCACACCGACUACUGUGACCCGAUCGAUGGCGUUAUCGUGCUGGACGAGGAGUACCUGCGAGGCCGCAAGGUCUUCGGCCAGCUCAUCACCACCUACCGCUAUGGCCGGGAAGAGGAUGAGGUGAUGGGCGUGAAGUUCUCCAAGGAGAUGGUGCUGACCAAGGAACAGAUCUACCCGAUGGAGAACGCCAACAUGGAGAUGACGCCGAUGCAGGAGCGGCUGGUAAAGAAGCUGGGCGCGAACGCGUUCCCGUUCACCUUCCACUUCCCGAGCAUGGCGCCGAGCUCGGUGACGCUGCAGGCCGGUGAGGACGACACGGGCAAACCGCUCGGCGUCGAGUACGCGAUCAAGGCGCACGUCGGCGAGGACGAGAGCGACAAGGGCCACAAGCGCAGCGCCGUCACGCUGACGAUCAAGAAGCUCCAGUACGCGCCGGUGUCCCGCGGUCGUCGUCUUCCUUCGUCGCUCGUCAGCAAGGGCUUCACCUUCUCGCAGGGCAAGAUCAACCUGGAGGUAACGCUCGAUCGGGAGAUCUACUACCACGGCGAGAAGAUUGCGGCCAACAUCGUCGUGACGAACAACUCGCGCAAGACUGUCAAGAGCAUCAAGUGCUUCGUUGUGCAGCACUGUGAGGUCACGAUGGUGAAUGCACAGUUCAGCAAGCACAUCGCCUCGCUGGAGACGCGCGAGGGUUGCCCGAUCACGCCCGGGGCGAGCUUCACGAAAUCGUUCUUCCUGGUCCCGCUCGCCUCCAGCAACAAGGACCGCCGGGGCAUUGCGCUCGACGGCCACCUGAAGGAGGAUGACGUCAACCUGGCCUCGUCCACGCUGAUCAGCGAGGGCAAGUGUCCGUCGGAUGCGAUGGGUAUUGUCAUCUCGUACUCGCUGCGCGUCAAGCUCAACUGUGGCACGCUCGGCGGUGAACUCCAGACGGACGUACCGUUCAAGCUGAUGAACCCAGCACCUGGAUCUGUCGAGCGAGAGCGCGUGAACGCCCUGAAGAAGAUGAAGUCGAUAGAGCGCCACCGUUACGAGAACUCGCACUACGCCGACGAUGACGACAACAUCGUGUUCGAAGACUUUGCCCGCCUGCGGAUGAACGAGCCGGAGUAAGCCUGUCCCGCCUGAUGCGGCAUUCACCUGCAACCAUCCUUCACCCCAAGGGCGAACGGCUUUAAUCCGGAGAGAAGACAGCAAAUGCCAUGUCUUCUGUUCCAUUUCCUCCACCGAGCACCCGAGCAGGCAGCAAACGCAAACAUGAAGAAAACACACACGCCCCAAAAAUCCUCCCAAUGCUUUUCCGCGCCAAGUAUGCUUUCUUUCAUGCCCUUUUAAUGCUCCCAGGAGCGGUACGAGCGUGCGUGUGAUGGCUGAGCGGGGACGAACGAGUGUCCCUCGGGGGGACCCUUCGUCUAGGCUAGCGGCUAGAGUGGUGGUCACCUGAGAGACGCUCAUCAGCCUUUCCCAGCCGUAACCACACGUAACAAUGCCCAAUGUGAUAACACUGAUGAUGCUAUUUAAAUUAUUAAUCGCAAAAACAACACGGCGCCGCUAAGCAACGAACGAGCGCGCGAUAAGGAAACAGCAAGAAGAAGAAGCAGUAGAGAAAAAAACCUAUCUAGUGAAGGAACAACCUACCCUAUAAGUGCUCCCCCAAAAACUAUAACGAUAUAUGAAGUAACGAGAGAAAAACGACAUGAAAAUGAGGAGUGUUAAUGGUAGCCUCCGCCAAAAAACAAACAAACGACUAACGAAGCCAAAACCCCCUUCCUAAAAUCACAACAAGCAAACUAACGAUUAUGAAAUGGUCAACACCAAAUAGACAACAAAUUUGAUUCAUCGAUUAAUUCCCUGCCGGAGAAACUGUGCCGAGAAGUUCCCGAGAAGAAAACCAGAACAUCAACGACUGCGCAGUCAAGAGGAAGGGCAACGCGAACCAGCAACUCCCUUGGGAAUGCAGAAUCCCCAACUGGGGGUGCGAUGGUUACAAUCCUCCCUCGAAGAACACGCACAUGAGUAACGUGCAGCAAUUAAUCGAUCAAUCGAAGAGCAACUUAAAUCGAAAAAUGUUUAAAAACGAACAAAAAAAAUAUCAUACACAAGAACCAAGCCCAAAAACCCAAGCAAACACCAGAAGUGAACGAAAUCGACGAUAAUCUAGUGCAGCUCCGGUUCGUACGUGGACGCUUUUCCCCGGUUUGGCUAUGGUGAAAACCGGCCACAUCCGAACCGCUGGCGACAGCAGCCUUAGAGUGUAAGACGUUUUAUGUUUCUGUUUUGUUUUUCGUGGUGAGACAGCAAUUGGAGCAGGCAAUUUAAGGGAAACGAGCAGACAAUUUAGGCAUAUGGAAGCUAGAAGCAACAAGCGCAGAGGGGAAAAAACAGACAAGAAGAUUAAAACAAAACCACACGAGCAAUGAAUGCAAUGAAUGCGGUUGGGAAGUGAAGAGCUAAGGAAAACGGUGCGGAGAAGUGGACAUGAAGAUGUCCUUUUCCCGGUACCGUUUUCACUUCCGAUUCAUUCACCCCAACUCGUUCAGCGCUCCUUACUGCGAGUCAAUUAUUGUUUCAGAUUGUGUUCGAUUGGUUGACAUAAGCUUGUUCAUGCAAAAUGGGGGUUUUUCUUAUCUAAAGAAACCAUGCUAUAUUAUUACCUGCAAAUGCAAUAGGAACAGAGCAGAAGGGAAACUUUAUAAUCAAUAAAAUUAAACCAAAUUAAUUGGAAAAUAGAGAAAAAAAACCCACAAUUUCAAACCAAUGCAACGACCUAUUGGUACAUAAACAAACCCAAAGGUCACGCAACACAUAGAGUCAGUUUUGAGUUUUGCGAUGUACAGUGGACUGUUAGUAGCUGUGUUUAUUUUGUAUAAAUCUAAUUUGGCUAUGUUAUUAUUGUAAUUGGAGAAAAAAUGCUGAGCAACCAAAAAAAAAAACUAACUUACAAACAAACCAGCAACUAUUGAAUUUGUUUUUAUUUGUUCCAAUUUGUACUGUUUUUUCAGGUUUCUUUUUUUGCGUUUGGUCGGGAGGCUUUCGGCCAACGGUCCACAGGUAGUAGAGGGGGAAAGAAAUAACUGGUUGAUGGAAGAAAAGAAAAAAAAGCAACCCUUACCCUAACUCUUUGUAAAGAUAUGUAUACGAAUGCACCGGUAUUUGCUCAAUUAGAAUGUAUUCCCUUUUUGCUGGAAGAUAGGGGAAGGAUUUGGAUGGACCGUUUUCUGUUUCUAGAGACCAAUAUACUGCAACGAGCGUGAUAUUCAAGGAUGUGAUAAUGCAUUUAACGCAACGAGUUGAUGUGUGUACUAUCGGGAUUUGAAAUUUUAAAUUUUGAAACAGUUUACAUUGUUAUUUGACUAUCAUAAUAAAGGAAAAUUCUUAGAAGCAGGAAUCAUAUUUCAACAGAUAUUGUGCUAAAAACACAUUUUCAGGUUUAUUUUUCUCCUGUUUGCAAAAGGCCAGAAACCAAAUCAGAAGAGAAUAAUGCAAAAUAACUCCAAAUUUUGUUUUGUAUUUUAAAACAAUGUGUCAACAGUACAAGUUUACAAAGUUAUUACAUUAAAAAAGCCCAAACUGUACAUAAAAGCAUUAAUUAUUGUCAAAAGUAAGCCAUCAGUGUAUGAAGAAGCAUGAACAAAUACAGCCAAAUGAAAAGGCAAUGUAUAAAAACACAAAAAAAUAGAAUAAAACAUAACAAAAAAUUAUAUAAAACAGUAACCACUGUUAAACAGUUAGAAACCAACAGUAAAACUGUUGCUUAUUGCAAAAUAUAAAUAACUUUCGAAUAGGAAUUGUCACAAUAUUGCACAAAAAGUAAAAAUAUCAAAACUGCACCAACAAAAACAACUACGAAUACGAAAACAACAAGAAUAAUAGAGAACAUCAUUUGCUAACCAAAUAAUCAUAAUUUCAGAUAUUCAAAGAUCAUAGAACAAUUUGUCAAAACAAGAUAGAAAUGGAAAUAAUAGAUAAAAGCUAUCGUAAAAGUAUAGUUUUCUGCUUGAGCGAACUCUAAAUUAUUUCCUCAAAUGAGUAAAAUUGCUAAAAUCAACAGUAAAAUGAAAACGAAAAGCGUAAAAGCAUGAGAUGAUUUUAACAUUUAAAAAGAAAAAAUGGAAUUGCAACAACACUAAAAGAAAAACUCAUGUUAUUACACCACCUCCAAGAAAAGGAGUUAACUUAAAGUAUCUAAAAGAAAACACUCAAUGUAUAAAAAAACGCAUGCAUGAACACAUGACAGUACAUUGCGAACGAAUCGAUGUCACAUUUAAAAUACACUUCAAGCAGUUUAAGAACUUUACUUACCCUCACCCUCUUCUGCACACACACCCAACUGCACCGAUGGUCAACGGUGUAGCUCUUUAAACUUGCAACGGUCGUUGCUUGCUCGAGGAGGGCACCGACCUCGACCUCGACCUCGGCAGCCGGACGGGGUUGGAUUGAUCUGACCGAAACGCUGCAGUGACCACUUUCACUUCACACACUUUUAAAAGCGUUCCACUAACACAGCCAGAUAACCAACUGCCAGGACACUCUGCACAGGCACACAUGCACAGACGCAACCACUCACGUGCUUGCUUACGGCGGGGCGGGAAAAGGAUACUCAGUGUCCGUUAAGCUGCAGGGCCCAACGGUCCAGUCUGAGCCUGAGUGUGUGUGUGGGGUUAGUAAAGCUCCCGGAAGUCAUCAAUCGAAUCAACCACGUGUUGCAGACGACGACGACAGUAGCAACGCAAACCGUCUUCCGCUGGAGGUUAUUGUGCUGACUUGAGUAAAUCUCGUACCAGACUGGUCCCGCACAUUCCAUCGGCGAACGGGGCUACCGGUUUGGUUCACCGACUGACUGCCGUUAUGCAAGCAUGGGGUGAUUUAAAGUGCGUGUGUUUUUUUUUUCCUUCAACACUAACGCUGACAUUCACUUGGCUGGCACGCAGACACGCAUGUACGGACUGGCAAGAGGUCCUUUUAAAACUACCAUCCCAAAAACCUGGACGCACUCACGCAUUCGCUGUGCGGCUUCCGAUUAUGGGUUGGAAGGGGAAGGCAGUGAGGGAGCAAGUGAGAAAGACAAACCCAGAAACGGGUUCGCGGGAAAAUCCUUUUAAAUUUUAAAAGUCCCACAUUCGCUCCGUUGGAUGUUUGAGGCUUAUGUACUGCGUCCUUCCUAGAUGGGACGGGCGUUGAGACGAGGUGGCUCCGUGGUAGUAUAAGAAAACGCCGCUCCUCUAAAAGAAGCUGAGGAGUAAAAAGGAGGUCCCCUUUACAGCGCUCGCUGCCCCGUUAUUUUAAAAAAAAUGCACCAAACCCUACCCUUUACCAUCCUUUACCCUUUGUUCGAAAGCAACUCGAGCUCGAAGCAGUCUGUACUAAAACACGAAGCACGAAGAAACGCUCGGCGAACGUCUUCGGGCGGGUGUCUUCGUCUUCCAAGGAAAGGUCCUUCCAUCGCUUGCGCUUGUGCUAAAAGUGCUUUAGCUCCGCCUCUUUUCCUUUGCCGUGGCCGCGGCCCUGUGUGCUGGGGCAGCGAGGCUGCGCGCGUUUAGACAGAGGGAGGGAGGGGUGAUUUUUCUUCGAAGAUUUCCGAAGUUUUUCCAAACACGCUUCGCGCGGUGUGCGCGCGUGUUUUUUUUCUCUCUCUCUUCUGCCUUUCCUCCGGUGGCUGCGCGAACUUCUUUUGCGCGAAAGAAAAGAAAGGCUUCCUUGGAUGGAAGAAAGGAUGGUUCGUUUUUUCUACUGUGUGUGUGUGUGUUUAUAUGGCAAACACAUAUUAUUUAAUGUUGUUUUCCUUCUCUUUCGUACGCACAUCACACACAGGCUGCGUUGUAAUAGCGAGCGUGAGUUUUUCCUCCUUUCUUGAGACAAGGGGACCUUUGCGUAGAUACGGUUGUACUAUCGCGACGCGCGUUUGCGUGUGCGUAUUGGGUGCGGUACAUCCAAUCGCGGCGCAUUUUAUUUUGUUGCGCGAAAGGCGUUGAGGAAAAAAAGCACACACACACGCAGAAGCUCCAUCCAAGAAGAUCCUUAUGCGUCUUUUGCGUGCGAGCGUAUGCGUGUUGAGUAUGUAAAGGCGCGGGAAGAAAAUGAAGGAUAUGAGUACGUUUUGGGGAUGAUAUUUCUUGAGCAAAGCGUGGAAAAAGUCCGUUACAAGGAUUUUUUUUCGUGUGUCAAGGAAGAAGUAGCAUAACCACAAUUUUUUUUUAAAUUAUUUAAUUAAAUUAAAUAUUUUAUUUAAUAUUUUUAAAAGCAUUCAUAAUUAGAAUACAACAUUUACUUAACAACGAAUUCGCGUGAAUUCUUUUUCUUACUUUCUUCCACACGCGCCUUUUCCCCCUUUAACGUUUUUAUUGGGGGCGUACAUAACCCCAACCAUACCCGUUUCGAAAAGGAUAUAAGAAAACUCCCCAUUUUUGUCAUGUGCGCACCACCUCCACCACAGCCAAGCGCCCUCCACACAACGCAGCAAGACGUCUUGGGCUCAAUUUUUCGGGCCCAAUUUUUGCGACUGCCUUGCCUUCCAAGCACAAGCGCACCGUCUCUAUCGCGCACCCGCGCAAACGCCUACGGCCGGAAGGGCAUGCGAAAGGGUUCGCCUUUUUUGCGCCCAAGAAGGGGGGAGGGGAGACUUCUUGCCGCCCGUUUUUAAACGCACGAACGCGCGAAAACUUCAUGUACUCUUUCGGUAUACAGAGCGCCGACCACGCUCCGUGUGCAUGUGUGUGUGUGGCUGUGUGCGUUGGUUUUCUAAGACGGGCCAAACGGAUUUUCCAGCAUCGCUGGCCGGCCACGAACGGUGGGCCCGCUUUUGGCAGGUUUUAUUUAUGCAAAGAUUUCAACCGUUAGCGGACGUGUGCGAGUUUGGGCGCAUUUUUCGGCGAAGUUUCUUGGUGUUGGUGUGUUAGGACCGAGCGUUUGGCACGAGGACACCCUAUCUGGGUGUUGUGUUUGCAGGUAAAUACGAAAACAACCGUUAACAAUUAUUUAACUGGACAUAUUUUUUUCCAUACCUCAGCAAAUCUAAAUACAAAAAAAAAAAACAGAAAAAUAACCGUUUUUCGGCGCACUUUGUGUCCGCGUGUUUUUUCUUCUCCUUUUUACAUCCACAAGCAGGAUGGGCUGUCCACACUGGAAAACGGUUAAACUGAAAGUUGUGUCGCUAGAAGCGGGCAGUGCCGAGUAAGUGCUAGAACCAAAUUGCUACCCAGUGGUGCCCUCCUCAAAUCCGGUUUUCCCUGUGUGGUCAACCCUUUCUAUUUUUUCCCUCUGCGAUUUGCGCGUAAACGCAAACACAACAACAUGCGUGCAGUCGGACCUGGCUGCUCGAAAGCAACAGCCGUCCACCGGCAGUCCCCGAGCAGCAGCAGCUGCUGCUGCAGCGUAUCGGUCAGCUGAAGCUGGACCACCACCACCCGAAUGGACCGGCUCGGAACGGUCGGCUCGGGAUGCCCGUUCGAUCGGUCAUCCUUUAGUCGCGCGCUGCUGACCGUCCGGGAAGGAUGCUUUGCGAAGCUCGUUGCCACACGUGCUCCGAGUGGCACAGUGUGUAAGUGUAAGUGUGGUGGGAAGGAUUGGAACAUAUACUACGUGCGCGUUAAGGUGCCAUAAAUGGUGCCGUUUAUCCGUUCCGUAUCGUUGUCGUGUCGUGUCGUUCGCUGUGUCGCUGUAAAAUCAUUCAGUGUUUUGAUGGUGGCAUAAUGGUAGCAAAAGAGGGAUCCCUUAUCGAUACAAUGCAGCAAAUUGUGCGUAGAAGUACGCUAAACUUUCGGUGUUUGUCGUAGCUUAAGCAACACAGUAACUUUUAGACAGUAGGAUACCGUUUCACAGUGUAAUGCAAUAUAUUAUAGUAGCACCAGUAGCGUAUUCCAUCCCGGAACGGAACAAACACAGCAAAACAAACAUGUUUCAUUCGUAUUAUUAUACAAAAAAAACACCAUUUUAGUUACGCCAUUUUACUUACCCCGUCAGACGGCUGUCCUUGCUGGUGGAGCUCCUCUGCUCGCCUCGCGAACGAUGGUCCCUGGCGUGGGGGAAAACAGAAGCAGCGGCUAAAUGUUCCUUCUUAGAAUGCGUAACGUGCUUGAGGUAAUGAGGUAACAGGGCGUGCAAGCAAGCAAGCAAGCAAGUGUUGGAAGUCAGUAUUGUACUUAGCUUCACAGUGUUUCGCCAAACUUUGUGCAAUAAGCCCUAACAAUAUAUUCCUAACCAUACAAUGUAGUGAGUGUGUUUACUCUGGUUUACUCUGGUGUGCAAGUAUCUAUUAAGCUCAUUACUAUGACGACAUUAAAUGCGCAUAGUUUAUACUAUAAUGACACAAACCAUAACAAUUCCAAAGAGGAAUCUAUUAUUUUUUUUCGGCAUGCAGCACAUAAUGAGUACUAUAAUAGUAACAGUAACUACAAUUAUACAGUAUAUUAGGGUGCAAAUUCUGCAAUAUCAACGAUGACUAUCUAAAUAUGACACUAAUUAGUGUAAACUAUCUUGGCAAUGUUAAGCAAUCGCAUACCUAUAUGUAACUACUUAUUGUAUAAAUAUUUUAACAGCAAAUAAAGUAAGAUCACACAUCGAGUCCCACAGAAAAACCAAUGCUUUUAUGAUUCAGUUCAACAUUACCAAACGAUGAAAAAUCAUUCGAUAUGAUCAAAUUAUAUUUGCAAUUCAAUUUGUAUUCAAAACAUUGCUGGCUAUGCACGACACAAAUGUUUGACUUGCGAAAUAUUUUCUGUCGAUUUAGUAGAUUUCAUAUUUUGAAACAUAAUAGUUUCAAAUAAUUUGCCUAAAGCUUGUUUUUGAGCUAAUGAUUAGUUUUAUCUUUAUUACUUUGAGAUCUCCUUUUCCAGUAGCCUUAUUUUCUCAAUUCCUUCACUACUUUUGUAACCUUAUCUUUUUUUUCCUUUUUUUCUUUUUCUCAAUUUUUCUUCUUUUAUUGACUUUUCUGUUUAGCUUUAUUUUUUCUCCUUUUUUCAUCUUCUUCUGCAAUUGAGUUUUAGUCCUUAGCAUUUAUAGUUAUAGCUCAAAUUAGUCCUAUUAGUGUUGAAAUCAGUAUUUUCGAUCAUGUUUGAAUUAUUAUUGUAUUUAUUAUGAUUUUAGUUGAUUUCAUCGAUAUACAUUUUUUCUUUUAGCGUAUUUGUUUUAUUUCUACAAAAUUUUACCAACUUUUCUCUAGAUCAAUUUGAAUCAUUGUUAUAUUGUUCAUAAGUUCUAUCAAUUGUUUAUAUUGACUAGAUAUUACUUUUUCUAUUCUAAGAUCGUUUUUGAGUAGCUCUAUUAUUAGCUUUUUGAUUGAAAAUAUUAAUUUUAUUUGCCCUCACAAUAAAGAGUAUUGAUUGAAUAAACUUGUUUCGUUGUUAAACUAAAAAUUAACUUGUUACUAUUUAAGCUCGUCUUAAAUUAUUCUGAAACUUAGCAACAUUGCAGCACAAAACUUGUUUCUCAUCGUAACAAAUCAGUAACGACUUUUCACCCGGAAUGAAAUCACUACACCCAACCGACACACCAAACAUCGCAACCGAAAGCGAUUUGCGCAAACACCGCACAAAGCAAACAGUAAUCUGUUCUCCCAUAAAUUCCGCACGAAUUACGUUCUUUCACUUUUCGCUCAUUAAACUCGUCCCAUUUUUUUCCCUACUCCGCAACCGUUUACGGCAGUCAUGCAAAUGCACGCAUGACCAUCUCGGACGGAUCUCGAAUUCCGUCACGUUCUCAUCGGAUUCGGCAAUUGCAUGUGAACGCAAUGACAUCGGACGCUCGCUUCGUUAAUCCUUCUUACCUAACAAAAAAAAAAAAAAAAAAGAAAGCCCCCGAAGCCAAUUGUUGCCAGUAUGCAAAGCAGAGCUGACACUCGCGCACCCUUCACUAGCUUCUUCGUGAACCCCUUUUGCACGAGUCCUUUUGAGCAAAGUCUACCUGUUGAUACGGGAAAAAGGGUUCCCCGUCUGCUCGAUGUGUCCGAUGCCCCUGGUCCUUUCGCCUGUUGUUAUCCUUUUGAGUGUGAGCGAACGCACUGUUCUGGUCAUCCGCAGUGAUGCGCCAAGAGGGUCCUUGCAUCGGUAUGUGCGGUGUAUGCGGUGAAGGGUCCAGUGCCAGGACCGGUCAAACCGGUUUCGAUUCGUACCGACCAUCGGAUUGCUGUCCAGGGCACAAAUGUUCACACACACACACACGCUAACCCGCAUUCGGUGGGCCGCGGCCCGGGUUGACCCGUAUCGGGAUUUGGCUGGAGGGCCCGGGCAGAGACAGGAUUCGCUUUUCCCUGGGAAGUAAAGUCGUGAGGCGGCCGGGGCCGGGGAAUGAUUGGCGAAUCCAUGAGGGUUUUAUCUUAAUAUAUCAUCUUCUAACCGUUGCCCCGUUACUUGGCAAACGAACCAAGUGACCCUUUGGUGAUGAGAAAAUUUUCGUGACCGUGGGUUCGCUUGUUCUGGUGGGAAAUAAACCGGUUUGGACAUUGUCCUGGGCGGGUGUCAAGUUGGGCGCUACUGUUUGGAGAGAGAGAAAAAAAAACGUCCCAAACUUGAGCUCGAUUGUAGUAAAGGCAAAGUCUGGUCCCGUUAAGCUAGUAUUGUUGUCUUCAAUUGUGAGAAACUUUCCAGCAUUGCUGCAAAUUCCUAGCACUUAUGCUUGAAUGAAAAAUGUGUAUAUGUGAUAAAUGUUAUAGUUAUUUCUUUACAUUCUUUCUUUCUUUUAUUCUCCUUUCUUUUUCUAUAUUUUCUUCGUGUUGCUAUUCAAUUAUGCCUUCGAAUUUCUAUUUUCUUUUGCUUGUUUAUUGUCUCAUUUGAUCCGCUUGCGUUGUCGUUUUUGGUUCUUUUUCAACAUAAAUUUGUUUCAUUUUGUUUUCAUUAAAUUACUAUUGUUGUUAUUAGUCUAUCAGCCCUUAAUUAUUUUGACUUAUUCCUUUUUUACAUACAUUAUGUAUGUAAAAAAAUCCUUUUUUACAUACAUUAUUGUUACUUAUCAUCUUUCAUAGUUUAUUGUUAGAUUUUUUUCUCCUUUAAAUAAACAUACAGAAAACAUUAAUACUUUUUCAGUUCAACAUUUAUUUUAAACAAAAAUCAAAAUGUAAGAUUUGUUAAAUAACUUGUUUGUUGAAAUUAAGAAAUAAGUCCCAUACAAUAACUACAUUCGACCAAAAAAUAUGAAAAACGCUUGCAAUUAAAGAUUGCUCUUGAUAAUCAAAUCAAAACAAAUGUUUAUUCUGUCUUAGCUUUAGCCUUAGGAUCCGUCCCAAACCGGCCGCACUGUCCUCCCCUUUGCGUUCCGACGGACGAUCUAUAAUCCCUUGCUCUAUUCAAAGCGUCACAAACGCAACCGGGCUCGCGUAAAUUUGCUCGUCAGUGUUUUUCCCUUUUACAACCCUUUCCUGCCCAGCUCGGUACCGAAAAUUCGUUGAUGACCUUUCAAGUUUCGGGCCACCAAAUUUUACCCGCCUCUCGUUUCCCUUGUCCCCCUUUCAGCCCAGUCCGAGACGGGAUGGUCGAAUGGAACUGUCCCGUACGGCGCUGCGCAAAGGAUGAGGAAGGCCCCCGGGCGGACGGGUACUCGUCUGUCCAAACCGGUCUUCUGGGUGGCGCGGAAAAUGCAACCCAAAAAAAUCGGCUGGGGUGGAAAACUGGACUGGCUACUUUUCGACCACUUGGGACAUCUUGGAUUUGGGUGUUUGUGUUUUUUUCUGUGUGUGUGUAUGUGUUAUUUCUUCCCUUUUGUGUGUACAUCAGCUAUGGACGAAGACAGAGGUAUCACUGGGCUAUCCCUUUUACCGCGAGCUGUCCGAGCUGAGCCGCUGCCGUGGGAAACGGUGUGAUUUGGCCGGCUCACGGAAACGAGUUAUUUGUGCAGCUCAUUUGCAUACAUGCUGCAUACAUGCGGGACGGUGGCAAUGCUGGUCCGGCGAUCGGGCGAUUCGGAGUCGGAGCGGAACGUGAUUUUUAUUGCACAGAUACAGCUGUGCCGGCAUUCAAUUAAGGAAGCGUAAAACCUACGAACGCCACAGUGAGGUGAGAGUGAAGCUGACUGGAAGGAAGUAGCGUGAGGUGUAAAUGCAUCAUAAAUCGAAUGAUACGUUCAGAUUGCGUUGGGAAAAUUGUAAUUCAAAGUGACAUAAAAAUGAGGCAAUGUUGUAAACAUUAGAGCAACCAAACAGAUGUUAAAUAAUAUAAGUGAUUGAUAAAAUUCUUUUUUUUUUCGUACGCUCCUGUCUCAGGUUCUGGCUUACUGUAGACUGUAAAAAGUAAAUAAAAUACAUGAAAUGGCUAGCAUAACAAUUUACAAUUGACUGUGACAUGACAAUUUACAAUUGAAUGAAAUGUCAAACGAUCUUAUAAACAUUUACAAUCUUAUACUUUAUACAGUAAAUCCCUGAGUUAGGCGGGCUUCUAAAUUAAAUAGUUGUUAGAGUAAAUUGUUUCGGCUUGAUCUAUCAAAUGUCAAAUGUAUCUAUUUGUCGAAUUUUGUUAAUCAUUCAAUUCAAUAAGGUUCAAAAUUGAAAUAAUUAUUUCCCAUAAUCUUCUCAAAUAAUCUAUUUAGUGGCUAAAACGUAUCACUUCAAGAAAAUUUACACGAAAAUUGGUACUAUUAUGGUAGGAAACUGUAAAAUUCAGCUUACGGGACAAUUCAAGAAUCGCAGUUUCUUCUCGGUCUACAUUAAUGACGUAUCUCAGGAACAAUCUGUAGUGUUAUCUAUCCCAACAAAGCGUUUCAGUAAACAUUUUGAUCAUUUAUAUUCAAAUUCGUCUCGUUUACGUCCUAAAAGUAUGCUGAAUUAAUAUAAGCUUUGUUAAACGUAUGACUUGAUCUCAAUAUCAGUGUAUAAAUUAUCCCAUUACUAUAAAAGCUUGUAGCGACCAGAGCUCCAUCUGGUGCGCACACCUAGAACUACCGACAGAAAAUGUUUAACGGGCUAGUUAGGCAGGGACUGCACACAAAGCUAGAGCAGGACAAACAGUGGUAGCAUGCUGCACCGCAGCUAUAAAAACGGUGGCUUGCUCCAUACACGCUCUCUCUCGUCCUAAACGUUUCAACACCGACACGCGCAUAUCCGUCCGGCUUACCCAACACACUUCUUCUCCGGCAACUCUCGAACGAACAACACUAAUUUUCGCGUCUCUCCCGAACUCACCGUUCCGCGGCUUAAAAGAAAAAAAUAAAUCGAAUUCUUCCAAAACGUAGUUCGCAAAGCGUGUUGCGUAUCUCUUUAAAAAAUUAGGGACCACUUUUGUGGCGCCCCUAAAACUGGUGACCCCGACGUGAUCCGCAACCGACGCCGCGAAUUCGUACGUGAGUGUGUGUGUGUACUACGCAUCGCAAACUUGUACCGCGUUGAACGUGUUAAAACGUGCCACCGGCAGCGGAGAUCGACGCAGAGAAGACAACGUGUGUGUGUGUGCCUACGACCGGGAGUGCUACCAGCGUUAGAGGUACCGGCAACGCAGCUGGCCUCCCCCCCCCUUUCCCUGUAAAGUGUGCAACGAGCGCCCUUUCAUCAUUCACAGGACGUUGAGUGCGGGCCGACGAAAAAACGCAGCAACGCCGUGUUAGUGCGCCCGUAGCUACACGGAGCGUUCCUGCAUUCAGCGAACAAAAGAACCCCCCGCACACACGCGCGCCGCCUCGAAGCGAGACAAGCGCACACACACCAUCAUCGGCGCAGCAGAAAUUUUCCAUCGAGCUUUCGACGGCUGACGCAAUCGACGCAAUUCCUGGAAGCGGAUCGACGACAAUCUCCGCUGGUGGUCUCCUCGACGCCGAUCACCGCCUCGCAAGCUGUUUCUACACCUCGUGCUACUGGGAAUUUUCCGUUUGUGUGUGCUUCCAUCUAAGGGUGCGAUCAAGAAGGAAGACACCAACGUCGAGUUGCGCACGCAAAUUAUCCAGCCGUAGCAGUAGUGACACAUCGCCGCUAUCACGAUUUUUUCGCUCGAAGGCGAACCCGCUUGGAUCCAGCUGACAAGAAGAACGACGCCGCCAUUUUCUGUGCACCAUUUCAUCGCAAGUGAGGAAACGACAUUUUCUCCACCCGAGAAGGAAGACGACGCACGCGGCUUCUGAAGCGUUUUCAUACCGAUCGACCGCAACGACGACACCCUGGUUACGUGAACAAUUAAGGUAAGAUCCACCCUUUUUAUUCACUACUAACCCCGACGCGGAAAGAUGCAGCGCAGCCCGCAACAAGGUGCAGCGCCGGUCGCCAGCCCUGCAGUUGCCAUCAGCCCUGCAGUGGCCGACAGUCCUGCGGUGGUCGCCAGCCCCGCAGCUGGACUCCCCACACCGAGUCCAUACUUAAUCGAUAUGACUCCUCUCGCUCGUGACGCCUCUACCGACCUUCCGGAGUUCCAAGUCGAGACCGUGAACGCCAUGCGUCUCAAGCCGCCCGAAUUGGAUACUGCUGACAUCCAUACGUUCUUCUACGCCUUGGAGAACUGGUUCGACGCCUGGAAUAUUUCUCCGCACCAUCAUGUUAGACGUUUUAACAUCCUGAAAACACAGAUCCCUACGCGAAUUCUUCCCGAGUUGCGUCCCAUUCUCGACAGCGUACCAAAUACCGACCGCUACGAAUCCGCGAAGAAGGCCAUCAUACAACAUUUCGAAGAGUCUCAGCGAAGCCGCCUACACCGUUUGCUAUCCGAAAUGAGCCUCGGCGACCGUAAGCCUUCUCAACUGCUAGCCGAGAUGCGGCGAACAGCAAACGGUGCAAUGACCGACUCCAUGUUGAUCGAUCUUUGGAUCGGUCGGCUGCCGCCCUACGUUCAGUCCGCCGUGAUCGCGUCCUCUCAAAACGCCGACGAGAAAGUUAAGGUAGCCGAUUCAGUGGUCGACUCUUUCGCCUUGUACAAUCGCUCCGGUCCGUACCAAACCAUCGCCGAGGUGCGGAAUGAGGAGGUCAACCACCUUUCACGACAGGUAGCCGAGCUGAGUCAACGCUUAGAAACUCUAAUGAACCAGAACCAAGCUCGUGAACGCUCACGGGCCCGCUCACGCUCUCGCAAUCGCAACACGAACCAGGCUACUAAUCCUAACACUAAUGGCUAUUGUUUCUACCACGACCGAUACGGACAGCAAGCGCGUAACUGCCGCGCUCCGUGCUCGUUUAACAGCCGUCCUCAAAAUAACGGUACUCCUACUACUUCUGCAUGACGGAACGCGGGAGACGUCCAGCUUCUAGUCGAUUCGAUAUCAUCGGCCAGUCAUCGCCUUAUUAUCAAAGACUAUAAAACUAACCAACCCUUCCUUAUCGACACCGGCGCCGACGUCUCCGUAAUACCUCGACAGCACAGCUCCGUUCCUUGCAAACCAUCGACCAUGAAACUAUUUGCCGCUAACAGCACGCCUAUCCCAGUGUAUGGAGAGUCACUCUACACGUUGGAUCUUGGUCUUAGACGCGCCUUUCUGUGGAACUUCGUGAUCGCAGACGUGGGUACCGCAAUAAUAGGAGCCGAUUUCCUCCAGCAUUUUCACCUUUUAGUGGACUUGCGCGACAAAUGCCUCGUAGACGCCUUAACCAACUUACGAACGCCGGGUGUUCCUGAUCUACAUCCUGGGGAGCCAACCGUAAAGGUGUGCGAUUCGACUUCGCCAAUCGCCACCUUGUUGAGGGAAUUCCCUGGGUUGACUGCACGGACCGCGCUCGGAACGCUCCUGCAAUCCGACGUCACGCACCGCAUAGAGACUACUGGACAACCGACCUUCGCCCGUCCGCGUAGGUUGUCCCCCGAAAAAUAUGCUGCAGCUCGCGCCGAGUUCGAGUCUCUCGUACAGCUAGGAGUGUGCCGACCAUCUAACAGCAGCUGGGCCAGUCCUCUGCACAUGACGAAAAAAGCAGACGGGACGUGGCGACCCUGUGGCGACUACAGGGCCCUCAACGCGAAAACAAUUCCCGACCGUUACCCACUACCUUUCUUGCAGGAUUUUACUAUGCAUUUGCAGGGAAAAACCAUAUUUUCUAAGGUUGACCUGCACAAGGCUUAUCACCAAAUCCCGAUACAUCCCGAAGAUAUACCGAAGACGGCGAUCACAACUCCCUUCGGAUUGUUCGAGUUCACCACGAUGCCCUUCGGCCUACGAAACGCUGCGCAGACUUUUCAGCGACUCAUUCACGAUGUCCUCCGAGGUCUCGACUUCGUGUUCCCAUACAUAGACGAUAUGAUUGUCGCCUCGUCGUCAGAGGAAGAACACCACGAACACCUGCGCCAGCUGUUCCAGCGUCUCGAACAACACCACCUGGCCAUCAAUCCGGCCAAAUGCGAAUUCAACCGAAGAGAAAUUGCCUUUCUUGGCCACUUGGUCAACGCAGAAGGAAUACGUCCUCUCCCAGAACGGGUACGAGCGAUCAGCGAGUUGAGUAAACCAGCGACGAUAAUGGAGCUGAAGAAAUUCCUCGCGAUGAUCAAUUAUUAUCGACGCUUCUUGCCCCAUGCUCUGACGACACAAAGCAUCCUACUUGAGAUGACACCGGGGAACAAGAAGAAGGACAAGACACCGCUAAAGUGGACGCCCGAAUCUAGCGAAGCAUUCGACCGAUGUAAAGAGCAGCUACAACAAGCCGCGCUUUUAGCUCACCCUGCCUUAAACGCAGAGUUGUCACUCUGGACAGACGCAUCCGACUUCGCCGCUGGAGCCGUUCUCCACCAACGUAUCGACGGCCAACUUCAGCCCUUAGGAUUUUUCUCCAAAAAGUUUGAGAAGGCACAGCUCAACUACUCCACAUACGACCGCGAGUUGACCGCUAUUUAUCUGGCUGUACGACACUUUCGGUAUCAGUUAGAGGGUCGUGAAUUCUGCAUCUACACGGACCACAAACCUUUAUCUUUCGCUUUUCGCCAGACUCUUGACAGCUCCUCGCCGCGUCGAGCCAGACAACUCGACUUCAUUGGACAAUUCUCCACCGACAUUCGCCACGUAUCGGGAGAAGAAAACAUAACCGCCGACCUACUCUCACGGAUCGAAAUUGUAAACGCAUCACCUGCAAUCGAUUUUGAACGUCUCGCCGAAGAGCAAACAAACGACCCUGAGCUCGCCGAUAUACUCAGCGGUAAAACACGAACCGACCUUUUCCUUCAAAAAACGCCGAUACCAGGAAGCACCCAAUCGCUAUACGCUGACUGCCCUGGUGGAAUAAUCCGACCGUACAUCACAAAAUCAUUCCGGAAUCAGCUUCUACACGCCGUACACGACCUUAGCCAUCCUGGAGCGAGAGCCACUGCCAAAUUAAUGACAGAGCGAUUUGUUUGGCUGGAUAUCAAAAGGGACGCUCAGGAAUUCGCCAGAAACUGCUUGGCAUGCCAACGCGCUAAGAUAGGCAGACACACGAAAAGCCCGCUCGUACCGUACCCGGCAACGCAAGACAGGUUCAGCCAUAUAAACAUCGAUAUCAUCGGGCCAUUUCCAAUUAGCAACGGCAACCGAUACUGCCUCACGAUCAUAGACCGAUAUACCCGCUGGCCGGAAGCUAUACCGAUUCCAGACAUGACCGCGACUACGGUUGUAUCAGCACUGCUGUACCAUUGGAUUGCACGAUUCGGAGUUCCGUCUCACGUGACAACCGAUCAGGGACGACAAUUCGAGUCCGCCCUGUUCAAGGAGUUGACGCGAGCCCUUGGAACAAAACACAUUCGAACGACCGCGUAUCACCCGCAGGCAAACGGGUUGAUCGAGAGAUGGCAUCGCACUCUCAAAGCUGCAAUUUGCUGUAAAGAUACAUCGAAGUGGAGCGAACAUCUCCCACUCAUACUGCUCGGAUUACGCACUACAUUCAAGAACGACAUUAAUGCGUCACCUGCAGAACUCGUGUACGGAACGACCCUCACCAUUCCCGCCGAAUUUCUCGUCGAAAAACCGCAACCAGCCCUGGUCAACCAGUCCGACUUUGCCAAGACACUCCGAGAAGCGAUGAGCAAAAUUCGACCUUCUAACACCGCCUGGCACACCAACCGAACAUCGUUUGUGCACUCCGACUUGAACAAAUGCUCGCAUGUGUUUGUGCGCAAUGACACCGUCCGUCCCGCGUUAACCACACCUUAUCACGGCCCAUACCAAGUACUUACUCGAAAUUCAAAGUCUUUUCAGAUCCUACUAAACGGACACCCCUCGCUUGUGUCCGUCGACCGCCUAAAGCCAGCAUAUACAACCGAAGGAAUAAUCUCGUCAGCCCCGCAACAACCGUCACCCGACCAACUGCUGACGAGCCAACGACACGCUACUCCGGUGGCCCAACCACCGUCGACGCAACAAUCGACGAUGAGCCAGCGUCUCACAACUCCGAUGCCCGGACCGUCGACGCUCGACCAGCUGCCAUCGUCCAACCAGUCGUCGCUGCCAGAUCAGCAGCCAACGGCCACACAGUCGCCUUCGACCAUACAGCUGCCGUCAACAAACCAACCGCCGAUAGCCCGGAACCGCGCCACACGAACAUCACCCAUGCCGUCGCUACAACCAGCCAGAGCAACCACCAGCUUCGCCCCACCACCGCCUAUCUUACGCAAGGAUCAAAACGUAUCGACCGGUGUUACCAGAUCUCAACGAAGAGUAGUAAUUCCUCUGCGAUACCGAUAACACCGAUCUAGGAGGGGAAUCCUGUAGCGACCAGAGCUCCAUCUGGUGCGCACACCUAGAACUACCGACAGAAAAUGUUUAACGGGCUAGUUAGGCAGGGACUGCACACAAAGCUAGAGCAGGACAAACAGUGGUAGCAUGCUGCACCGCAGCUAUAAAAACGGUGGCUUGCUCCAUACACGCUCUCUCUCGUCCUAAACGUUUCAACACCGACACGCGCAUAUCCGUCCGGCUUACCCAACACACUUCUUCUCCGGCAACUCUCGAACGAACAACACUAAUUUUCGCGUCUCUCCCGAACUCACCGUUCCGCGGCUUAAAAGAAAAAAAUAAAUCGAAUUCUUCCAAAACGUA